CAAAGGUAGGGAUGAUAUCCAAAUCACGUGAUUUUCUCGUUUUCUUCAAAUCAAACUUCAAUCCAUUUCCAUUUAUAUAUAUCUCAACACACUCUCCAAAGAUAGAAUAUGAAUCAGCAUUCUAAUUUUGAGUCCCCAAAAGCCUAUAUAUUCAUAUGGGAAUCCCACAACUAAAACCGUUCCUAUUCUCUUCGUUUUUUUGCUGGUUUUUUGUGAAAGAAAACAUGAAGCUUUUGCUCAUCUUUCUCUGUUUCUCUCUCUUCACCUCGGAGGCCCUGGCCCUGCAUCAUCAUGUAAGACAAAGCAGAAGAAAUUUGCUCGCCAAUGGCCUUGGUUUAACUCCUCAGAUGGGAUGGAACAGUUGGAAUCACUUCAAUUGCAAUAUUGCUGAGAAAACAAUAAUAGAAACAGCCGAUGCUCUUGUUUCAACUGGGUUAUCCAAAUUGGGAUACCGUUAUGUUAACAUAGAUGAUUGUUGGGCUGAGAAAGAACGUGAUUCCAAGGGUAAUUUGGUGCCAAAGGCAUCAACUUUUCCAAAUGGAAUCAAGGCUCUUGCCGAUUAUGUCCAUUCAAAGGGGCUUAAACUUGGAAUAUACUCGGAUGCGGGGUAUCAAACUUGUAGCAAAACUAUGCCAGGAUCUCUUGGUCAUGAGGAACAAGAUGCUAACACCUUCGCUUCAUGGGGGAUUGAUUAUUUGAAAUAUGAUAACUGCAACAACGAUGGAUCAAAACCCCCAGAAAGGUAUCCUGUUAUGACCAGGGCUUUGUUGAAGACAGGACGCCCUAUAUUUUUCUCUCUGUGUGAGUGGGGUGAUUUGCAUCCAGCUCUCUGGGGUGCAGCUGUAGGGAACAGUUGGAGGACCACCAAUGAUAUCGCCGACACUUGGGAUAGCAUGAUUUCUCGAGUGGACAUGAACGAUGUAUGGGCACCUUAUGCUCGGUUUGGAGGCUGGAAUGACCCAGACAUGCUUGAGGUUGGAAAUGGUGGAAUGACCAAGAAUGAAUAUAUUGCCCAUUUCAGCCUUUGGGCCCUAGUAAAGGCUCCCCUUCUCAUAGGUUGCGACGUAAGAUCUGCCAACAAUGAGACACUUGAGAUAAUCGGCAACGAGGAGGUCAUUGCCGUUAACCAAGAUCUUCUUGGUGUCCAAGGCACAAAAGUUAGGAUGGAGGGAGAUCAAGAGAUUUGGGCAGGACCACUGUGGGGAGGUAGGGUAGCGGUGGUGCUAUUGAACCGAGGACCGAGGGACUAUGAAAUAAUUGCUGAAUGGGACGAUAUUGGCCUCCCCAGCACCGCAACAGCUAAAGUCAGGGAUCUUUGGAAGCAUAAAACAUUGAAGAAAACGUUCCAUAAAAGAUUAACAGCUACAGUGAAGCCACAUUCAUGCAAAAUGUACAUCUUGACGCCUGUCUCUCCUUGAAAUCGUUUUCCUAUUUUUAUUUUUAUUUUUAUUUUAUUGUUUUUGGGCCAACCAAUAGCCCACAAGCUUCACUAGAGUUUCUUUUCAUGUUUUUAUGAAAUGUAACCAGAUUGCAUAGGGCUUAUUAAUAAUGUUAGACUCCCCUGCAUUUACCUCGGAAACUGGUAACAUAUAACAAGUUACUAUGUUUGUUUUGAAGUUG